UCCUUCCUACUCCGGGACUGUCUUCGUACAUAUGCGGCUGUACAGGUGAUGCAAAGACAUGGCGAUCUAGGGCGACAGUGGAUCUGAGCCCAAUCCAGUCUUGACCUGAAUUUGGGGCUGCGCCCCGCGGAGCGAACUAGUAGCUUUGGUGGGCAGUGCCCACUGAGACCCUGACCGACUAGCCGGCCGGACUCCAGCUGCGCAAAGUGCUCGCCGUGCCACCGUCGAGAUUCCUUCCAAUGCCAAUUCGAAGCUGGCAAGAUGCAGAACCCGAGGAAUGGGCCAGAAAUAAAACCGAAGCCACGCAGGGAUGUCCUGGCUUCUCUUAGAAUGGCCUCCAUGGAGGAGAUCUCCAGGGCGGCCCUUCCAGCAGAAAUUAUGUCUUCUAUCCUCGAUUACCUCUCCCCCGUCGACCUGAUACGAGUCGCGCGAUCCUCGAAGCUCUUGCGCGAAAUGGCAUACGAUGAUACCAGAUGGGUGCAGAAGCUGAAGCAGAUUGGGUGCUGGGAUGAGCUGGAGGCUCGCAAACAUGUGGAGGACACCUUCGGUACCAUAGCCGAUAUGAAAAGUGUCGAGCACAAAGAGGCGGCCGACUUGCAAGAAGCGAUUGAUGCGACUCAGCGAAAACCCGACCACGCCUUGAGCUCGCUCGCAGAUGGCUUUGAUCAGAUCCAGCUGUCUGCCCCUGUCGCCAGUCAGCAUCGGGAUGAAUCGGAAGGCGAUCCAGUCUUGGGAGUGUUGAAACAAGUCAGGUCGAUCCGGGGAGAAGCGCGUCAAGAGUAUGGGAAAAUUCAUGCGGCCCUGGCACCCUACUACAAUGAUAUCGUCACUUUGGGGCCUUCUCCCGACAAUCUGCUGUUCCGGGAUUUCAGCAAUCCGCGACACCAAGCGCAAAUCCUGUCUCAGUUGCAGGCCUUCUCAAACUGCGAUGCAACAGACGGUUGGCACGAGCGGACUCAACAAUUGCAGUCUGCUGUGUCGGCUCUCGAGACAAAUGCGAUCAAAGAGUUCAGGCACGGUUAUGAGACUGAAGACAUUGAGAACAGGAUGCGAGAAUAUGCGCACGUGCUGUAUAUAUUGAACGGUGGUGGCGCAGCGGUCGAGCUCUUCAUCCACCACAAUCACCUCGUUACGCGAAAAUCAGAUUUUGGAAAUGUGGCCGACUGCAUCGAUACAUUCACGGAAAGCGUGAAGCUGGAACAAACUCAGGCUUUCUUCACACGGAUGAGUGUCGCUUACAACGAGGAAGUGUCAAUUAUAAACCGUGCAUUUCCCCCGCAAUUGCAGGUUGGGCCUUCUUUUACCGAAAAGGUCGGACAGGAUGUGCUAUUCCCAUACCUGACAGCUGUCUUCGAUGAACUGCAUCGCACAAACAUUGAAUCAUACCUCACCGCAGUCUCGGGAACAUUCGCGCAAUGUCUGAAUCUAUCAGAUGCACUACUACCCAUACAGAACUCGCCCGAUACCUUCGAAGAAUUCUUGCAGCAUGUUAUCGCGAAGACCUAUGAGCCUCAUCUGGAUUUAUAUUUUGCAGAAGAAUUAGACCAUUUUCGGAAAAAAUCCGAAGCCGCAGUAGGGGAUUGGGACCGACAACUCUCAGAACAGGCUGCAUCAACCGAGCUGUUUCUGAUGUCCAACAUUAAUAGACAGGCAGACAAGCGGGACUUCUUGACCUCGUUUAAGAAAGUGAUUAUGGCUCCCGUCAACAUACUUCCCAGCUUCUCAGGGAACAAAGCAACUGAAUCAAAACCAACGCCAGAGCCGUCGCCUGAUGAUGCCUCGUCACUCAAAAGCCCAAAUCGGUUCUCGACAAUCGGCUCACCUGCCACCCCUCCCAUUACGGAAGCUCCAACAACAGAGCUCGCAGCCAAGGCCGCUGUGAUGAAGUCAAAAUUAGAAGGCAUCCGAUCUCUCUUCAGCAUCGAAAUCGCUCUCAGCCUGGUGCAUGCUGCAAAAUCCAGCUUAGAACGAGCUGCGCAAUUCGUCAGUGUCGGAGGCGAAUAUGGGAGCGCAGCCAAGCAGCAGUGCGAGGCUAUCUUUGUAGCCUUGGUGCGCAUCUUGGGACAUCGCCAUCUCAUCGGCGGUUUUGACAAGGCCGUCAGCCAUUUAUCCAACUACCGGCCUCGCGAACAAGGUGAACGGGAUCAGUCUGGUGUUGAGCCGUUGGUCACCUUCCUGGAGUUGGUGAACGUCGGCGACCUUAUCUUGCAGAUGAUCGACGUCUUCUACGAGCAGGAACUUGUCGGCACCAAGCUGACCGAUCGGAACGACUUCCUUGAUCCGGCCGUAAAGGAAAAGAAGAGAUUCGAGCAGAAUCUCGACGAACGGGUGGCUGCUGGAUUGAACAAAGGCAUCGACGUCCUCAUGGAGGAAGUGGACUACAUCCUUGCGACACGACAGUUAGCGACUGAUUUCAACCCGAGCAUCUCCACGGACCCGUAUCGAAAGACGAUGGAUGUAAGUAUCACUGAGGCUGCGGCUGCCGUAGUAGAUGUGGUUACCUCGCAUACACAGAUGCUUGUCGGCAGCACGGACAAGAGUAUGCUAGAUGUCUUCAACCAGGAGGUUGGACUGCGUCUCUUUACCGCAUUGUGCAAGCAUCUAAAGCGACAACGGAUCAGCAUCGAGGGAUCCUUGAAGCUUAUCAGCGACAUGAACCACUAUUUUAAAUUCAUCCAAACUUUCAAGAACAACGACCUCCUGCUCUAUUUUAAGGCCUUCCGCGAGUUGUCGCAGAUAUACCUGAUUGACUCGUCCGAUGCCAAGGAAUUAGCCACCAUUAUCGCCGAUGCGGAUCGAUUCUACGGGAUCUGGCGGGUGGAGGAAGUGUACGAAUUCGCCGAGCGACGAGCAGACUGGCUGCUAGUCAAACGGGACGUGGAACGAGCCAUGUACGGCAUUGGAUGCAGUGUUAUGUGAACCAUGAAUAUACCAUACCAUGUAUAUAGAGAGCCAUGAAUACCCCCUCCGACAGCGAUCAGAUGC